AGCAGCCCUUGCUCUGCUUCGCCCGGGUUUUCCAGCCCUGAGCACUGGGAAACAGCAGCAGAGGAAUGGGCACGCACAGCCCCGCUCCUAUGGGCUGUGUCACCGGAGGCUUUGGGGUUUAGUCACAGGACAUAAAAGAGUUCCUUGGUGAAAUCUGGGGUUCGGCAGCCCCCGCAGUGGUGGGGAUGGCAGCGUGAGGUGUCUGUUGCAGAGCACAGAGUGAGACGAGCGUAACGAAAUCACGGAGUUUGCCAGGAAAACAUCAUCCUGCAAGAGGGCAAGAAGCGCACACGUGAGCCUGUUGCUUUAAGGGAUGCUGGGUUUUCCCAUGGACUGACUCAAAGUGGAAACUGUGCUUUCUCAGCAUGCAAUGUAGGUCAGUGCUGCCGGCAGUCGCUGUUGCUGCUCGCUGUGACCAGCAGUGAGGCUGCAAUGGGUCCCCAUCCCAUCGCCGUGGGGCAGCAGCCCCACUCCUGUUGUCACCGCUCGGCUCCCGCGUGCUCCUGACCCCGGUAACCACCUGCAGGCUCGAGGGCUGAGAUGGCUUCUUUCUGCUUUGCUCUUUGCUUUUCAUCUGUUCGGCAACAGGGUGCUGGGGGAUUUGUAACAGAGAUGGGAUCAGAGAGACGUAUCUGGAGACGAGACUGCACUCGUGCCUUCUGGCUUUGGAGUUUGCCAGUGCUGUAAAUUGGAAUGAAAACGUGUGCAUAAGAAAUGCCCUGAGGAGCAGAGCUGUGACUUCACGCUGCAACUGGCUGCCGUGAGCAUUUAUUAUUUGCUCAGAGUUCUUCCUAGACCACGAGUGUUGUUUCUUUUAAUUUGCUCCAACUUGCAGGAGGUGUGCGGGCAGCUGGGAGGCCUUCAGAGCCCCUCCCUGGGUCAGUUUGGCGCCUGGCUGCUCCUUAUGAAUGCUUUCACUGUGCUUGAAGAAAAUGAGGUCAGCGCACACAUCCCGAAGGUAACAGGGGGAGAAGUGCAAAGGCGUGAGCUGCAUUUGGGAGGUUGUUUCGGGAUGGACUGUGCUGCUUUGAAGCUUUUUGAAGCUCGGGGUGGAUAAUGCUCUUUUGAAGCUUUUACAGUGGAUUCUGUGCCCCGUUCCCAAAAAGGAGCCCUUCAUCACUGCCCCCAGGGCCAGCGGGUGCAGUGGGAUGGGAGAAGUGAGCCAGGUGGGAAGGAGGGUGAAGGGAGUGCAGGGAACUUCAGGGGAGCCUGGAGCCAUGAGCUUGUGUCCUUGGAGAGGUAGGAAAGCCCCUGCUGGGUCUGAGAGGCAGCAGCUGGAUCACAGUAGGUUGGGGACGUCAAGAGAGUUUGGUGUUCCCAUCCCAUGGCACCACAGCCAUGUGGGUUUGGCUGUUUCCAGGGAUGGAGGCUGCACAGCAGCCCACUCACAAGCCCCGGCACCUUUAUGGCAAAAUUAUUUUUCCCUGAGUUUCAGUGGAAUUUUGAUCUCCAUCCCAGCUGUGCAGCCAUUGCUCCAUCAGAUCUCUUGCCACACUGGGCAUGGGGGCUGGCUUCCCAGUGUCCCCGACUGCCCUCAGCACCCCAGGCUGGGUGCCUGGCAGCACUGAUGCCUUCCCUCAUCCCCAGGCUAUGCCCCACACAGGCAGCAGCUGCAGCCCAGGCCAUGGCGGGAGGCGGAGAGGCUUUCGUGCUCCAUAUUCUGCUCUGCAUCCUGGGCAGAGGUGCUGCCCAAAUCAGGUGCCUGGGGCACGUGAGGAUCGAGCCAGGCUCAGUGGUGCCAAUGGGUUCCAACGUCUCCAUCACCUGUGUCUCGGCGCUGGACUGCCCGUGGGCGAGCCUCUCCAUCCUGCUCAACCUCACAGCCCCCGAGGGUCCCCCACGCCUCCUCAACAGCAGUGCAGCCCAGCUGCAGCUGCGUGGUUUCCGCCUGCCCUUCAGCAUCAUCACCUGCCUCGCCCGCUGCCCCAACAGCUACUGGAACGAGGUGAUCUGCGGGACGGAGCUCUGGGCCGGCUCACGCAGACAGCGCAGGAGGAUGUGUUCCCCACGGAUGCACCGGUGCCCUUGAGUGCACUGAAUGGCAGCAGUCACUACCUGGUGUGGGUGCAGGCCAGCAAUGCACUGGGCACAGCACGCUCAGCUCCUCAGCACCUCGACCUGCAGCAGCUCGUGGUGCCCGCAGUGCCCCUGGCUGAGAGAGCAGAGACAACGGCUGGGUCACCUCCCACCACCACCAUCCACUGGCGACAGCAGACGGAGCUGCAGGACGUGCGCUGCGAGGAGCGGCACAAGGCAGUGGGUGCUGCGGAGUGGCAGGUGACAGCAUGGGACAGUGCAGUGCAGCGUGGACACCAGCUUCAGAGUGCCACCAGCUACGUGUUCCAGGCACGGUGCCGGCUCAGCGCUGCAGGCAGCCCCUGGAGUGCUUGGGGUCUGCCCUUCAUCUACAGCACACCUGAGGCUGCCCCCGCGGCAGCACCCGACGUGUGGCGGCGGCUGGGCCGGCAGUUCCCCAACGGCAGCCACGAGGUGACAGUCUUGAUCAAGCCGCCCCGCGGUGCCCGCACACCCAUCCUGGGUUACGCCGUGUGGGCCGGAGCCUCGCGUCCCCUCUGCAACACGUCGAGCGCAGCCUGCAGCCUCCUCCUGCCUCCAGCACUGCUCGACCUCCGCGUCACCGCCUACAACGCCCGAGGGGCUUCGAGCCCCGCCCGUGUGCCGCUCCGCCGGGACCCCAGCCCGGAAGCCUUCCCACCACCACUGGCUGUGGAUGUGCAGCACAAGAACCAGAGCACCAUAUUGGUGGCCUGGCAGCCCCCCCGGCACAGCAGGACCCCCCCACUGUGGUUCAUAGUGGAGUGGCUUUGUACAGCUCCAUACAGCCACGAGGAAGAGUUCUUUUGGAAGAAAGUCCCAGGCCAGGACACCCACACCUACAUCCGAGAGGAUGCAGCAGCAGGAAGCCACAUCAGCGUGUCAGUGUAUGCAGCCUACCCAGAUGGAGUGAGCAAACCAAGCUCUGGCCAAGUUUCUUCAGAGGACAGGAUGUUGGACAUCAUCUACCAGGAGGCUUCGCAUGAUGAUGACAUCAGGUUUUUCCUGGGAAUGGGUGUCAGUGUGAUCAUAUUAUCUGUGGUUCUUGUCAUUCUGAUGUUGAAAAAAUCAGCUAGGAAAAGAACUAAGGCAGCAGUGGCUCUGGUCUUGCCAAAAUGGCUGCUUGAAGAUUUCCCCCACAUGGAAAACAGCAGGGUGAUAAAGUCCUUCCAGGAGAAGAGCGAAUUCACAAGCAGCAUUUUCAGUGGGCCGGUCCCGGAUAACAGUGACCCCACAAUUACGGAAAUACAGGAGCUGUCAGGGCACAAGAAAUACAGGAACGUGGACAUCAAAAAGGAGCCCAGCAGCGUGGUCCCUGAGAACGUGGAGCACCCACAGAGCUCAGCACCCCCCCACAGCACGGCCACGGAGCAGGUCGGUGACUACAAACCCCAGAUCUCUGAUGCAAACACACUGGGAUAUGUAGCUGCCAACAUUGGCCUAAUACAGCCCUACACGCCGGCUCCAGAACCAGAGACAAGUAUUUUCUUCAGAGACUACAGCAGCCCCUUCAGCUACCUGUGGGAUGCUCAAGGAGCUGAAGGGCCCCAGAUCUGCCUGCUGGAUAAGAUCAACCUGGUUUUAAACAACGACAGAAGCGGGCAAAACCACGCGUUCAGCUCUGCCCAGGAGGAACAAAAUGCACUUCUGGAAAACCAGUGGGAAAAAACACUGUACAGUGAAGGAGCUCAGGAACAAACCUUGGUUCCAGAUGAGCUGGUUUCUUGCUUAAGGGCAACGAAUGGAGGAUCUGUGGAUAUACAGACCUGCUUUCCGCAGAGCAUCGGGAGAUUGUUUUGAGAGAAGCUGUGAUUAAAAGCCCACAGACUUGUGACAAUCCCAUCGUGACACAUAUCUGCCUUUGAGAUGUCAAACAUCAGAGCCGAAAUAAAACUCCAGAUCUGAAACUCUCCCCCUUACCUGACCACAAAUAGCUUUUGGAUGCCUUGUCCAGUAAAACAUCAUUUUAAUUUUACCUCAUGUUUUUACAAACACAAAAAUGUGAGCUUGGAUUCCUGUAGGAACUGAAAUACAAAGCAGGUGAUUCUUACAGGAUGCAUUCUGCUUCAAUUAUUAGCCUAAGGCACUCUCUUGUUAAAUAUACAGAACAUGUAACACCUGGAGCUGAUUGCCUUCAAGAUGGAUAAAACCGUUCCUGAGGUAUUCUGGCUGAAGUGUGUAAAAUAGCUUGGGAUCACCCCCAAUGAAGAGACACUACAAUGAGGACAAUUUACACAUCAUGCAGCAGCCAUGGAUACCAUACGAAAUCUUUUCUGUUUGACAGAAUAGCCCAAUUUCAUUUUCCUUUCCAUUCAAUAAGAAAAAAAUCCAUCAGGUAAGAACAAACCUU